AGCAGAUCAUCAGCCGGCGCUGCUAGAGAGCGAUGUAGCAGAGUGAAGGGGUUUUAUCCUCCCAGUGUGUGUGUGUGGAUCCAAGCAGCUUGCAGACAGGUGGCCGACAGGUAACCUGGACUUCGCCUCUCGCCAUCCCCCAUCCCACAAAGUGUUUUUUUUUCUCUUAAAACAAUUUCGCGGAUUCCGGGAAAGAAAAACGGAGCGUGAUGUUGGCCGAGUCUUUCAACCAUUCCAGCUGGGAAGAUGUCAACGACACCUCGGUUAACGGCUCGGCCGCGUCUUUGAACAUCAGGUCGAGCCAGGUGCUGACUUCGGCUGCUAUGUUCGCCGUCGGGGUGGUGGGGAACCUGAUCGCCAUCGUGGUGCUGUGCGUCUCCAAGAAGGAGCAGAAGGAGACCACCUUCUACACCUUGGUGUGCGGGCUGGCGGUCACCGACCUGCUGGGCACCUGCUGCACCAGCCCCGUGGUGAUCGCCACCUACCUGACCCAGCAGUGGCCGGGGGGACAACCGCUCUGCCACUUCUUCUCCUUCUCCAUGCUCUUCUUCGGCUCGGCGGGCAUGACCAUCAUGUGCACCAUGUCCAUCGAGCGCUAUCUGGCCAUCAACCACGCUUUCUUCUACGGCCGCUACAUCGACAAGGGACUGGCCAGGCUUGCUCUGAUGGGAAUCUACUUGCUCAAUCUGGUCUUCUGCAUCCUGCCCUUCUUCGGCUUGGGGAGCAACGCCCGGCAUUUCCCCGGGACCUGGUGCUUCCUGGACUGGAGGGCCAACAGCACGGUGGGGGCUACCUACUCCUACAUGUACGGGGGCUUCAGCGCCCUCCUGAUCCUGGUGACAGUGCUGUGCAACCUCAGCGUGUGCGGCACCUUGAUCAGUAUGAGGAAGAGGUCGGUGGGUAGAGGCGAUGCCGCCGCCACGGGGAGCUCCAGAGGCCGUCGCUUCCCGAGUCUCGCCGCGUCCGCCGCCGAGAUGCAGAUGUUUUGGCUGCUGGUUUUCAUGACCAUCGUCUUCUUGGUCUGCUCCAUCCCUCUGGUGAUACGUAUUUUCAUCAAUCAGCUGUAUGGGCCUGCUCAAAUCCUAGCUGGGGAGGACCUGGACUACCGCAGUGACCUUCUGGCCAUCCGUUUUGCUUCAUUCAAUCCGAUCCUGGAUCCUUGGGUGUACAUCCUGUGCCGGAAGAAGCUACUCACCAUGGGUUGCGAGCGGUUGAAGAGAACAGUCGGCGCUGCAAAGGACAGUCAAGCACGCAGGGUGGGCUGGGUCAGCAGUCAGCAGACACCACUCUCAUACACCAACAGCAUAGGCGCCAGCUACGCUUCACUCCGAGCAAAAGACAAAACCAAACCGCUGCACAGAGAAGACAGCCAGGGGGCCGAUGCCAUGACUCACUCUUUCACAGACUUUACAAACCAGCAAGCAUGGGGAACUGUGCCUCAUCCUUUCAGCAUUCCCCAUGAGAACCAUGCCUGCCACACCAGGACUCAUUUUGAGACUUCUCAGCAGACCAAAGCCAUCCUAUGCACAGUCCUGCAGGAAUCCAUGAUACCAGAUGUCAGAGCACAGAAUAACAUUAUUCUGAGUGAGGAUAGAAGAACAUUUAACAUUUUGAACUGUAGUUUCAGCACACCUUCAUCAUGUACAUCAGAAAAGUCUAUUUAAAAAAAUAGAUAUUUUAUAUAAACCAUUUAUUUAUAGACUUUGAAACAAGAGUCAGUCUCAUUUGUAGAAAUUGUUGUUGUACUUUUCAUUGAAUGGUGUCCUGAACAUUGAAACAAAACUAUCUGGAUGUACCAACAAUAUUAAUUCUCAUAAUGAAUCUUGGUGCCCUGUUCUAUCAUGCACUUGAAUCGAUCAUAUUUAUAGCUGCAGUGUAACUCAGAUUAAUAGCAAUUAAGGUUCAAUUUUAACUUGUAUUGUCGGACAUUUUUGAUGUGGAGCUGACCUUAAAUUGGAGCCAUUAGUCCCACCUUCACAUUAACCUUGGCAAUACAACCGGAGUCACUAUGAAAGAUAGUCACUGGUCAACACUGUCAGUAUCCGCUUGCUUUUACACUCUAUCUAAUUGCAUUACACAAUUUGGGGACUGAUAAUGUCUAAUAUAGUUUUGCAAUUUGACACCUGCCUGACAGACAUGGAACAAGGCAAACUAAGUUUGACAUCAUAUUUAUGAGAAUUGGAGCACAUUAACAUUAUGAGCCUUUGCUACCAUAAAACUCCAUCCAUCUAUUUUGUUCUUCUCUUUCUACCAGCGAUUUUAACAAACCUCAAUUGAACCAGUCUUAUGUGGCUCCUUCAUAGCUUGUUCAUCCAGUGUUAAUGAGCUCCAAAAUUGGCAUAGCUUUCAGUUCAAAACAAGUCUUACCAAAAAUUAAGAUCAUCCCCAUUAUGUUUUAUUUUGAAAAAGCUAGGUUUUCAUUAAUGUUCAAAAAUAAAAUCCUUAAGAUUAACUAAUAUUCUCAUACAUCAUUCAUCGGAUCACAGAGGUAACAAAGCUAAAUUAAAUGGGGUAGUUUUAUAAUAUUGUCAUCUUAAUAAUGUGACAUUUAAUAACAACUUGUCUGGGAAGAGUGAAAGAUACUUAAAGGUAGCACAAAACUAGUAUAUUCUCAACAAACUCAACUAGAACAAAACUAGUAUAUUGUCAACAAACUCAACAGCGAUAAGACAUAAUUCCUCCUCAUAGGCUCCAAAGCCACACUCAGCAAAAUCAAUAACCCCACUCUCACGAUCGACGGCACCACUGUCUCCCCAUCUCCCCAGGCCCGCAACCUUGGUGUGAUAUUUGAUUCCACCCUCUCUCUUGAGCCUCACAUCCGCCAUGUCAUUAAAACCUCCUUCUUUCAUCUCAGCAACAUUGCCAAACUCAGACCCUCUCUCACACUUCCUGCUGCUGAAAGACUCAUCCAUGCCUUCAUCUCCUCCUGACUGGACUAUUGCAACUCACUUCUCCUUGGCAUCAGCUCCACCUACAUCAACCGACUCCAACUGGUCCAGAACGCAGCCGCCCGACUCAUCACCCACACCAAAUCCUGGCAUCACAUCACUCCAGUCCUCAAACAACUUCACUGGCUUCCCAUCUCCCACCGGAUCACCUACAAAAUCCUGAUCCUCACUUACAAAGCCCUCCACCAUCUGGCCCCCCCAUAUCUCACUGACCUCCUCUCCCCCUACCAACCCUCACGGUCCCUCAGAUCCACAUCAGCCGGUCUCCUCUCCAUCCACAAGUCCAACCUCCGCAGUUUUGGGGACAGAGCCUUCUCCAGGGCAGCUCCCAGGCUCUGGAACUCCCUCCCCCAACUGAUCCACAAUUCCGUGUCUCUCACCAUCUUCCAGUCCCGCCUCAAGACCCAUCUCUUCACCUCUGCCUAUCCUUAGCCCCACGUCCCCCUCCCUUUUCAUCUGUGCAUUAAUUGCCUCAUAUUGUGUUUUGAAUUGAAUUCUCUUUACUUUGUGUACUAGUCAUGUCUCUACUAUUUAUUUCAUUCCCCUUACAUAUUUUUCCUCUACCUGCUAAAUUUUUGUAAGAUGUCCUUGAGACUCUUGAAAGGCGCCCAUAAAUAAAAUGUAUUAUUAUUAUUAUAUAAGCACGAGCCAGCCCUUGUCAGAAACUGGCACCAAUGUAUUAGAUGAACACCACCAAGCCUUACCAGAACAUGGCAGCAUUACUGUAUUUAAUCACUGCUAUGCCUAAUGAGUGACUGGCAAUGCACCACCUUCUAAACUCUAUCGAGAGCAUGAAUGUUAACCUGUUCUACAAUCAAGUGGCACAGCUGACUUGCUGCAUGUUUUAAUAUUUUUUGCUACUUUUCAGAUUUCCAGUAUUUGUACUUAUUUAUAUUUCUGAAAGGUAGUCA